AGAGAGACCAGGAGGAGGCAGCUGCUCUGGGUGCAGGGAGCAGCCCUCAGUGGUGCCCAUGGCUGGCCAGGACCCCAUGCUGAGCACGAGUCACCCAUUCUACGAUGUGGCCCGACACAACAUCCUGCAGAUGGCAGGGGAUGACCACUUUGGAAGGCGCGUCAUCACGUUCAGCUGUUGCCGGAUGCCUCCCUCCCACCAGCUCAACCACCAGCGGCUGCUGGGAUAUUUGAAGUACACCCUGGACCAGUACGUGGAGAACGACUACACCAUUGUCUACUUCCACUACAGUCUGAACAGCCAGAACAAGCCGUCCCUGGGCUGGCUCCAGAGCGCGUACAAGGAGUUUGACAGGAAAUACAAGAAAAACUUGAAGGCCCUCUACGUGGUCCACCCCAGCAGCUUCAUCAAGGUCCUGUGGAACAUCUUCAAGCCCCUCAUCAGUCACAAGUUUGGGAAAAAAGUCACCUACUUCAACUACUUGAGUGAGCUCCAGGAACACCUCAAAUGCGACCAGCUGCUGAUCCCCCCCGAGGUGCUGCGGUAUGAUGAGAAGCUGCAGAGCCUGCACCAGGGUCGGCCACCACUCUCUAUCAAGACACCACCGCCGAGGCCACCACUGCCCACCCAGCAGUUUGGAGUCAGCCUGCAAUACCUCAAAGACAAAAAUGAUGGAGAACUCAUCCCUCCUGUGCUGAGAUCCACAGUGACUUACCUGACAGAGAAAGGACUCCGAGCUGAGGGCCUGUUCCGGAGAUCGGCCAGCGUCCAGAUGGUCCGUGAGAUCCAGAAGCUUUUCAACCAAGGGAAGCCCGUGAACUUUGAUGACUAUGGGGACAUCCACAUCCCUGCUGUGAUCCUGAAGGCCUUCCUGCGAGAGCUGCCCCAACCACUGCUGACCUUUGAGGCCUACGAGCAGAUCCUUGGGAUCACCAGUGUGGAAAGCAGCCUGCGUGUCACCUGCUGCCGUCAGAUCCUGCGGGGCCUCCCAGAGCACAACUACAUAGUCCUCAGCUACCUCAUGGGCUUCCUGCACACGGUGUCCCAGGAGAGCAUUUUCAACAAAAUGAACAGCUCCAACCUGGCCUGUGUCUUUGGACUGAACCUAAUCUGGCCGUCCCAGGGAGUGUCCUCCCUGAGUGCCCUUGUGCCCCUGAACCUGUUCACUGAACUGCUGAUUGAGUACUACGAAAAGAUCUUCAGUGCCCAAGAGGUCCCCCGGGAGCACACCGUGGGCACCACGGAGGCAAGCAGGCAGGGCAGCCCCCUCCCCGCACACAGGCAAGCCACAGGUCGUGCCACGCCCAUCCUGCCUCAGAGGCCCCUGAAAGCAGCCAGGAGACACCUCUAGAGCCAGAAAUGUGCCACUGAAGUUGAUCACCUGUGCACGGCGUCUUUUAUAAA